CUUAGCUAAAAGUCGCUUCGUCGAAGAAUUCUUUGCCAAAGGAUCUAGACUUGUCGAGGAAUCCGCCGGUAAAAAUGAAGGCUUUGGAUAUGAGUCCCCCGCCGAAGGAUUCAUCGGGUAAGGCAACGUCUUCUGAGGUUGCCCCUUCGGUACAAGUUGUUCCGGCUCCGAAGAAGAAAAAGCGGGCUCAUGUCUCCUUCAGACAUAUUGAUCUUGAAGAGUUUAAAGUGAGGCAUGGUACUGAGCAUUUUGAGGUUCGUUUUUACAACCAAGGUGAUGAUCUUACUUAUGACAUGAUAAAAAGUUAUAAGUACGAUUCCCAGCAUCUUUUGACGACCGUAGGAGCCUUCGAAGCGGGUUUGAUGCUUCCCUUGUAUAAGUGGGGAGAUUCAUUCUAUUAUGACGUGGUGGACCAUCGUGAGGGCUCUACUUCUCAUACCCACUGCCGCUCGGUGGUUCAAUUAAGUGAGAACUACCUGCGAACCCUUCGUGAAUGUUAUCUUCGGAGCAAGGGUGAGACCACGAUGAAGUGUUAUACACCCGAUCCCGAGGAGAAGAGUUGGUAUACCCCUGAAAACUUUAACGCUUCUUUUGGAGAUUAUGUUAACAAUAGGAACCGGAAACGGUGGAGUGUUGGUGUUCGUACGAUGAUGACUCCUCAUGGUGAGGUUCUUCUUCUGAGUGAAGUAAGUGACUCGAAGUUACGGUUUGUUCUUGGUACUGAGAAGACUAAUAAGCCAGAGCUAUAUUCCCUCAAAGAGCGUCUUCGUCGCGAUCAUGAUUAUGAGUGGCAUGCUACGCCACUUGAAUUUAUUGUCCCUUGGGCCCAUGGUUGGAUCCCUGGUGAGCAUGGAUGGAGGCCUACUGCUCAAACCAAACCUCGUGACGGUGCCCCAUCCCGCUAUGGUGAUUUUUGCCCCUGGGUUUUGAAUUUUUCGGUAUGAACUUUGAUUAUAGUAUUAUACCAUUGAUGCUGAGGAUGCUGGUGACGAAGAAAGUUCUGAGGCUGCCUUCCUUCGAAGGGUACCACUACUGUCAAGGUAUGAUUUAACAUAAUGUGUUGUAUGUAUGUUGCCCCUCGAAUCAGAGAUUGACAUGUACUUCCUGUAAGCUUUGAGGAAGAAGAAGAUUGGCCCCGUUGAGUCUUCUACCGUCGAGGUUGAAGAAAUGGGUAUCCCUGAAGUUACCAGCCCAGUUGGUGAAGAAGAGGAAGAAUUUGACAACGAAGAGGAUGAGGAGACCGACGAUGAAGAGCGUACCGAAACUUCUCUUGUCAAUGAAGAAACCGAAAAAGAGAUUGUAUCUAGGGGGCAGGGUAAUGAUCAACCGGCCGAUCUUGAGGAAACCCCUUAUCCUCGUCAAGAAGACAAAAACGUUGAUCCUCAAACGUUGAUUCCUGAGACGAUGAAUGUUUCAGAGACGAAUCAAGAGUUCUCUUUCGGUAAGAUCUAUUCUUCUGGUGGUCAUCCCGACUUGGGGCUCAUGAUGAGGAUCGCUUCUGAGUUUUCGCUGUUGUCUCCUAAUGACAACUGGGAGGUGGAGGCCGACAACGAUGGUAAGAAAGAGGACGAAGAGGAUAGUUCUGAUGGCGAAGACGCUGACCUCUGUGCUGCCAAGGAAUCGAAGGGGAAGGAAAUCGCUGCUAAUAAGGAGACCGCUGCUGGUACCUCCUCUGAGGGUUUUGUGAAUGCAGUGGUGACUCCUCCCGGUCUCAAGGGAUUAGAAAAUUUCUAAUCAAAGAGUUGGGAACGACGAGAAAACGGUUCAACGUCUCUCAAAUUAUCAUCUAAAUUGUGGGAAUCUAACAAGAAAGAAAAGGUGAAUCAUCCAAAAGAAGUGAAUUGACACUUAAUUAUGCAAUAAAAGAAGAUAGCUACAAAUGGAGAAUGUACAAAGACCAAUGGAACUUGUUCAAGUACAAGUUUUUACUUUUCAUCUUGAAGAGGACGAAAAUAUAAAGCCAAGGGCGAAAGAAUGAAGUAAUUCCGAGUUCGCAUGAAGAAGUUAUGAGCAAAACAAAAACUCAGAAGACAAAAGGGAAAAAUGGUCAAUUUCUGGGCAACUACUAUUGACACCUCAUCAAGUGUUAAGGGGCAGUCAGCUCUCAAAGGAACUGCUAAACACAGUCACGUAUUUUACAAGGGGUAAUCUUAUUCAAAACUGAAAAUCCCGCGUGCAGUUUCUUCUGCAUGGAUAUCUGUUCCAGCGUUGCUCAAGCGGCUAUGAUUAACAGCUGAAAGAGAUGGGUUCGGUGCCAUUAGUGGUAACGAUGAUGAACUUUUGUUGUUGAUGACAGUAUGAUGGAGUUCGCGUCUGUAUUAUAAGGAAGCUGGUAUGACAGUACGAACGAGAUGGUGACUGGGAAGAUUUAAUGAGGAAGAGAAGAAGUCAGGGACGGUAUGGAGCAGAUGGGUUUGCUGCCAUCGGAGCUGUAGCUAGGUUUGUUUGAGUUAAACAGGGGAUAGACAGAAGCACUCGAGCUUAGUGAUGAAGCUCAAAAGCAGUCGUUAAUGAUGAUAGAAGCAGUCAAUGGGAGCUAGUGAGAUGACGGAGAUGAUUGGUGGAUGAAAUGAUGGUUGCGAUUAUCAGUGACAAUGAUUGAUUGAUGAUGUUUGUUAACUGAUCGUGAUGAUGCUGGAGUGACGAGGAAGACGUGCCGAGUUCGAGAUUAGAUUGAGCCGGUAUUGGGCUCGAUAUCAGGUGAAGUAAGAUGGCUUCUUCCAUCGGUUUUGAUCGUUUAUUUCCUGGUAAGCUAAGGUCCCGAUGGAUUGGACCUUUUAUUGUUAGUAAUGUUUUUCCUCAUGGUGCAGUUGAGAUUACUAGUAGUAAAACCGGGAUAACAUCCAAGGUCAACAGCCAUAGAUUGAAGCCAUAUUAAGAAAACUUCUCUACUGAGAAGGUGGACGCAAUUAGACUUCAAGAUUUACUCCCUCUGGAGGAGUAGUAAGGAGACUGCCCAGUCGGGCUGACGACUUUAAAC